AUGAGAAUCUCGAACAUCCUUGCGUUGGCUACAGCUGCCGCGGCAGUUUCUGUUCCGCGCUCCAAACACUCCUCUCCCUCCGCCCUCAACAAUGUCACCAUCUUCACCCCACCCUCUGACUACAUUGUUCCGCGGACAUUGUACCCGCGCAAUGAACACCUGCCUAAUGGCGACCUUCUAGCGACUUGGGAGAACUAUUCUCCAGAGCCACCACAAGUUUAUUUCCCCAUCUACCGCUCCCAAGACUACGGUAAGACGUGGAAGGAGAUCUCCAAGGUUUACGACACCGCCAAUGGUUAUGGACUGCGUUACCAACCUUUCCUCUACUACCUGCCUGAGCGUGUCGGCUCAUUCAAGAAGGGAACCCUACUCCUGGCAGGAAGUAGUAUCCCAACCGAUCUCUCCUCAACCAACAUUGAUCUCUACGCGUCGCAAGAUGAUGGCGUGACUUGGAAAUUCGUCAGCCACAUCGCCGCCGGUGGGAGGGCAGAGCCCAUCAACGGACUGACCCCAGUCUGGGAGCCCUUCUUGCUUGCUCACAAGGGAAAGCUCAUCUGCUACUACUCUGACCAGAGGGAUAAUGCAACCUAUGGUCAGACAAUGGUCCACCAGACUUCAUCCGACUUGAAGAACUGGGGAGCCCUCGUGGAAGAUGUCACUUAUCCUACCUAUACCGACCGUCCCGGAAUGCCGGUUGUGGCUAAGCUUCCCAAUGGAAAAUACUUCUAUAUCUACGAGUACGGUUCGUUCUUCGGGACUUCCAGUUACUCGUUCCCGCUCUACUACCGAAUCACAUCGGAUCCUGAGAAGGUUGCCGCCGCUCCCCACCAACGUCUGGUGGUAUCUAGUGGCACUAAGCCGACUUCUUCCCCGUAUGUCGUGUGGACACCGUUCGGUGGCAAGAACGGCACGAUCAUCGCAAGCUCUGGAACACAGAGCACCUUGUUUAUCAACAAAGCCCUUGGCGAAGGCGAAUGGACUGAAAUUGCAUCCCCCGAGGAGCAUGGAUACACCCGGUCUUUGAGGGUGUUGUCAGAGGACAAUGGUCGUUAUCUGGUUGUGCAUUCCGCGGGUGUGCUGUCGGGAACUAACAACCGGGUGUCAGCGAGCGUGAUUGACUUGAAAAAGGUAUUGUGA